CCCGGCGCCCAAGGAUGACGUAUUCUUCCAGCGCCAGGCGGUGAGGAAGUGUUGACCCACAGAAGCAGUUGGAAGGCGCCUGGCGGAGCCCAGCAGGUGUUACGUUCAAACGGUUUCCUGGCUGGUAUUUUCUUAUUCUGGGUUUGUCUUCCACUUGGGCAAGAACUAUGUCAUGGAUCAAGGAAGGAGAGUUGUCACUGUGGGAGCGGUUCUGUGCCAAUAUUAUAAAGGCAGGCCCAAUACCCAAACACAUUGCAUUUAUCAUGGAUGGGAACCGUCGCUAUGCCAAGAAGUGCCAAGUGGAGCGGCAGGAGGGCCACUCACAGGGCUUCAACAAGCUGGCUGAGACUCUGCACUGGUGUCUGAACCUGGGCAUCCGGGAGGUGACGGUCUACGCGUUCAGCAUUGAGAACUUCAAACGGUCCAAGAGUGAAGUAGAAGGGCUAAUGGAUAUGGCCCGGCAGAAGUUCAGCCGCUUGCUGGAGGAACAGGAGAAACUGCAGAAGCAUGGGGUAUGUAUCCGGGUCCUAGGUGAUCUGCAUUUGUUACCCUUGGAUCUCCAGGAGCUAAUGGCACAAGCUGUGCAGGCCACUAAGAACUACAACAAGUGUUUCCUGAAUGUCUGCUUUGCAUACACGUCCCGUCACGAGAUCAGUAAUGCUGUGAGAGAGAUGGCCUGGGGAGUGGAGCAAGGCCUGCUGGAUCCCAGCGAUGUCUCUGAGUCUCUGCUUGACAAGUGCCUGUAUACCUACCACUCUCCUAAUCCCGACAUCUUGAUACGGACAUCUGGGGAAGUGAGGCUCAGCGACUUCCUGCUUUGGCAGACCUCUCACUCCUGCCUGGUGUUCCAGCCCAUUCUGUGGCCAGAAUACAUGUUUUGGAACCUCUGUGAGGCCAUCCUGCAGUUCCAGAUGAACCAUAGCAUGCUUCAGCAGAAGGCCCGAGACAUGUAUGCAGAGGAGCGGAAGAGGCAGCAGCUGGAGAGGGACCAGGCUGCAGUGACAGAGCAGCUGUUGCAAGAGGGGCUCCAGGCCAGCGGGGACACCCAGCUCCGACGGACACGCUUGCACAAACUUUCAGCCACACGAGAAGAACGAGUCCAAGGCUUCCUGCAGGCCUUGGAACUCAAGCGGGCUGACUGGCUGGCACGUCUGGGCACUGCAUCAGCCUGAGAUGGCUGGCCUCCAGCCACUUUGCCCUGCCCUGUGCCUCCAGGGCCCCACUCCCUUUUCUUUUCUUGGUGAAGGGUACCUCCCUCCUGAUGAAUUGUGUUCCCUUUGCUUGGCAGGGAGCCCCAGAGGCCAGUUUAUGCAGGCCAUAGAUAACUUUGGGUUGCCUGGGACUGUAGCCCCUGGGGAGGGUUAAGGGUAAGUCUCUCACAAGUACACUAAACCCAACUCUGGUUACCAAUAGGUUUGGAGAGCAGGGGACCCCAGCUCUUCUGCUGUCUGCUCUUGCCACCUCUGCCACCUCUACCUGUGCUCCUAAAUGCACUUUCUUUUCCAUGAGCACAUUCUUCAACACAGAAUAGUGGAGAAGAGGUCUCCCCCAAACCCUCACCCUUUACCAUCCAUCUUAGCCUUCCACCCGACUUUCACAAAAGAUUUGGCUCCACCUCGAAUCUGCUGGUAAAUAGCUAAUAGGCAGCCAGCGUCAUUUGGGCAAGGAAGGGAGAGACAGAAAAUUUGCCCAUCUGCUGCUCCUCCUCCUCGGCUCUCCACCUGGGAUUUGCUAUUGAAUCUCUACCCCCUCCCACCACGCAGUGCUGAUUGCUCACUGAAAGGCUCAGCGCCCCCAAUGGCGCGCAGAAGCCAGGCGGGUGAUUACAAUCCAAUUACCUAUUGUCGACUCAGCCCACACAAGCUUUCCUCCUUCUCUUGCAGGGCAUUGGGCCAGGCUCCACUCCCCAGUGAGACCAGCCCCCUCUAUGACUCCAGAGUAACAGAAGGGCCUAUAGGCCCUGGUAAAUCUAGUCGAGCACAGGCCUCCUCUACUAGAACACAUCAGGACCAAGAGCACAGUAACAGGCACUUCCCAACUGACUGCCUCCUGUCCUCACCAUCUCAGACUCCUCAAUCUUUGAGACUUCUCUCAGCUUUUUGACCUGGCCUCCUAAGUAGGCCCUGAGAUGAUUUAUUCUAAGCAUGGCAGAGUCUCAGCUUGUGAGGGCCAAGGCUGCCCAGCAGAGAGAAGAGGGUCAAGGCCUCUGUCCUUCUCCUUACCUCCCUGCCAGGCCUCACUGCAGAGCUGCUGAGAGGAUUAGUGCCUUUGAACUGUCUGCCUGAAGAACUCUCUGCUUCAGGUGCCCCAGAGCAGCAAGAACAGCCAGUAAUACCAACCAAUGUCUAUGCUGUUUAGUCUUCCUAUUUUACUUUUUGCAAACUUUCUAGCACGUCCCUCUAGGGGAAGGUGGGGUCUCAAAAGCAGUGCUAAGAGUAUACUCUUUAACAACCUCACUUUCCUAUAGUCUCCUCCCUACCUUCCUAUGCCUAGAUAUCUGGCACAAGAGACCCGUUAGCCAUGAUCCCUGCUCCUGUAAUCAAGCUUAAAGGCCAGACACUGCGACUGAGGAGCCAAUCGAUGUACCCUUCAGCAAGCCCCCCACACACACCUGGCACAGGGUUCCCAGAGAGCAGGUGCUGUACAUUUUCCAGCUUUACAAUGGGGCUAGUUGACAGCCUUAAUUAGGGAGGCAUGAGUUAUGGGGCUAUAAUGCAGAGCCCUACAAUUAAGGCAGGAAUGAGGGGCAGGAGGCAGCAAACGGAAUCUACCCUGUGUGAGCAUGGUUGAGUCCUGUCUCUGUUCUCGGUUUUCCCUAAUAUGAUUGAGGGACAGCAGGGUGAUUAAUGGGGCUGGUGUCUCUGGCAUGAGGUCCUAUAUUGUGGGAAAGGGGUGGAGUAAGGAGGGGCUGCUCCAGGAGCACUGUAGGGAUGGAAAGAAGCUGCUGAGGAGCCACUGCUGCCCAGGAGCAAGGACCGCAACUAGUUGAUUUGAACAACUUGUGGUUGCUUUCUACUGGUAUGAUUUGUACAAACCAGUUUCAACCCUUGCCUGAAUAAACUAGAUGGGACCUAUUUAAAUGUCCUCCCACCUGUGAA